CAACAAUCGUUGCGCGACACUUGUCGACAGCAGCCCACCCCUCACUAACCGUCUAGCAUUGUUCAUUACUUUCAUUCGCUCAAAAUGGCGUCAAAUACCCCCAAAACGAUGUCUAGCAGGCUCAUGACAAUGAAGUUUAUGCAGCGUUCUGCCGCCAAGUCAGUGAAAUCGGAGCCGUCGACGCCCGACGGCCCUCCCCAGAAGAGAAUGCGUAUGUCCAACGGCAGCUCGGCAGCUAGCACUCCGGGCGCGCCGUCAGAUCACGAAAUCAUGCAAUCAGCCCUCGCGGCAGAAGAGAAGAAGCGCGAGGAAGCUCUUGCGCGCGCAUACGCGCAUACUGGUGAGACGAAAUGGGUGUUGAACUACGAGGAUCCACAUGCGGGCAAGAGACCGCCCAUGAUGCAGGUUCGACAAGCAGGCUUCGCGGUCAUUGAUGCGGACGGCGAUUCUGAUGAGGAAGAGGAGGAUAAGCCCAUUAGGAUGAAAUUUGGAGGCGGGGUAAAGAAGAAGAAGGCGGUGAAACCAGAUAGCGAUCAAGCUGAGGAAUCAGGAUCAGGAUCAGGCUCAGGCUCAGAAAGUGGCUCAGCGUCGUCUGGAGAACUCGAUUCCGACGAUCCGGCAGUAGAGCUUAUCAAAGAGACCAAGCGGCAGGUCGCAGCCAAGCAACGCCAUGCGCGAAAUGCACAGAAGGCGGCCGCGGUGACUCCCGUACGACGAUCCGCUGCACCCAUAGACGAGGACAUGGAUCUUGCAGGUCUAACAUCGUUGUCUGGUGGUCGACCGAGCGGGGGCCGCGACAUGAGCAAGGUAGAAUGUUUUGGUUGCGGAAAGCUUGGUCACACAAAGGCCGAUUGUCCAAACCCCGGUCGCAGAUCGUCCGGUCCUCCUGGGAUGCGUGGUAGUCAAGGGCGCGGCCGUGGCCGCUUUCGAUAUUGAGCGCGCUCAGCAUUCUUCCAUAAGCAGAGAGUUUUGGUCAAUUAAUGAUACCCAUUGGAGGUG